AUGAAGGCCGUCCUGAGGAGGAUUUUCUCUGGCAUCUUCAUUUCUGGAGUGGUCACUGUGUCAGCAUCAGCUCAGCGUCUGCUGCUCCUGCAGAUGGACGUUGGAUGUAAGACAUUCGCCUAUGUGUAUCGGGUGACCAGAGGCCUCUUCAUCUGCACCACUGGCCUCCUGAGUAUGGCCGAGUCCCUCCCAAACUCGAUCGUGGAUAUCAACCUCUUGUUCAAUACCGUUGCAUCUCUCAACGGGACCAGCUGCGAGCCCACAUUCAGUGAUGACUACUGUUCUGUCAGGCCCAUCAGCAGCCUCGUAGGGCUCUUCCUCUUCUUCUUGGCACUCCGUGAUGUCCUGUCCUUGGGAAUCAUGGGAAGCUCUAGUGGCUACAUGGUCGUCCUCCUUUUCCGACACAGUCGGAAGGUCUGGCAUCUCCACGGCCAACACCCACCUCCUCGGAAAUCCCCAGAGACGAAAGCAACCCAGACCGUCCUGCUGCUGGGCAGCUGCUUUGUGGCCUUCUACUGCAAAGACUUCAUACUGUCACUGUUCCUCGGGAGUUUCCUCAGGAACAACAUCAUCCUUCUGAAUGCGAAUAUGUUUGCGGUCAGCAUUUAUGCCACCGUCAGCUCUGUCUUGCUGCUAAGCGGUAACUCCAGGUUUGCCAGGUUCUGA